UUUAUUCUCUGUCAAAUUCGAAAUAUUUCAGUUUUUAGAUGGUUACCUGGGAAAUCGUGCAUCACGGAUUAUAAUUAUCGCUGGAGUGGUGAACGUUUCCUUGAUUUAGGAUUUUAAACUUAACCUCACUUUAUUACUUUUGAUGUCUAAAAGGUCUAAAAAGAGAAAAAUACACUAAAAUGGCUUUAUUAAGCAGAGUUUUUAUUAAAUCAACGCUAUUUAACAACUCCACGAAAAUAAUAAUAUGUUAUUCCAAUCAAGCGCAGCAUAAAAAAGAGGAUUUCUUACCAUUAAACUUAAAAGGAACAAAAGGGCAAACAGCCCCAAGAAGAAAACCUAAAAAACAUGUUGUUUCUCCACCAAGGUGUUACGAAAUGGCUGUUGAUCAAGAUUGGGGUUCAGUUUGGCCAGGUCCACGUACGUUUCAUCCAGCAACUGUUCCUUUACCAAUUAGACAAGGUUACACUGAAAAAGGUGCACCCCCUGGCAAAUUUGCCAAUGCGGAAUUAAUGAAAAUACCGAAUUUUCUUCAUUUAACACCACCCGUCGUUAAAAGACAAUGUGAAGCAUUAAAAAAGUUUUGUACUCCUUUCCCCGAGAAUUUGAAAACUGAUGAACAAUGUGAAAAACAUUUUCCAAUUGAAAUUACAUCUUCGAAUUAUUGUUUUUCAUCACCAUCGAUUAGAAAUCCUCUAUCGAGAAUUGUAACAUUAAAAAUUAAAUUGUCUACAUUAAAUCUUGAUAAUCACGCAACGGAUAAAUUUAGACGACUCGUUGGUGAUCGAUACGACGAAAAAACUGACAUUUUUACUCUUGUUACUGAUCGUUGCCCAACGAGACAACAAAAUUACGAUUACGCAAUGUAUUUAUUAACUGCCUUGUAUCAUGAGAGUUUUAACGUUGAAAGUUGGGAAAAACUAAAGAGCGAAGCUGAUAUGGAAGUUUAUAUUUGGGAGAAUAACGCUUCGAAAAAAUGUGUUGAAGAAUUAUUUGGGAAAAAAGCAGAAGAAAUUGAUAAUUGUAAUGAGUAUUCACAACGUGUUUCCGAAUUAAUGAACGAAGGUGAAAGUGAGUAUACGUUAGAAAAUUAUGGAGCGUCUGUGCGAAAGUUGUUUAAUUUACCAAAUAAAAUUAUGAAGGAAUCUUGUAAUAAAUAAAAGUCAUAAAUUUUUAAUUAAAGCAAU